CGUAUCAAAAUGAUUCACUCAGAGUUAAAAAAUAAUGUUAAGAUAUCGUUAAUCGUGAUCUAGUGAAUUUUAUUAUAUUUUAAUAAUUUAAUAUUAUACUAUCAAAUAUAAUUAAUAUUUUUACGUAAUUUAAACUUAUAUGAUUUAUAUAUAAUUAAAUUUUUAUAUAAAUAAAAUAUUUUAUAUAGUUUAAUUUACAACUAAACUUUCAAAACGUGUAUAUAUAAAAUGGAAAGAACAAUUACAGAAUGGAAACGUUACACAUUGGUACAACCACCUAUGAUGAUGCUAAUAAUUGCUCAAGCAAUAUCAAGUAAUAUUUUAACAGAUUUAAUAAUAUAUCGUACUUGUAGUAUAAUAUUAAAUAUAAAUAAAACAGAAUGUUUGCUGUUACAUGAAAAUAGUAGUUCUGCAGAAGCAUUAAAAAUAGAUGCACAAGUUCAACCUAAAGCAAGUUUAAUUUUAAUGAUAAAGUCAAUUGUUGAAAGUAUUAUUCCUGCUUUAUUAUCUUUGUUUUUGGGACCAUGGAGUGACAUAUAUGGAAGAAAAUCUAUUAUAUUAUCUGGCUAUAUUGGUAUUUCUUUAACAUAUUUCCUUCUUUCUUCUAUGACUAUUUGGGAUAUCAAUCCAUGGUUUUUGUUAAUUGCAUAUAUUCCAUAUGCUUGUUGUGGAGGAUUUUGUAUAAUUUUAUUAGGUACUGUUUGUUAUCUUUCUGAUAUAUCAAAUGAACAAGAAAGAGGAUGGCAAUUAGCUUGGAUGGAAGCUUUAAUAUCUAUUGGUAUUUUAAUUGCAGGAUUGCAUAUUUGCUUCUUAGUUCCUGAAACAAUUCACAUCACAGAUUCAAUAACUAUAAAGAGCUUGUUUAAUAUUCAUUUGGUUAGAAAACUUAUAAGUACAUGUACCAAAAAACGAGAUGGUUUCAAUCGAUAUAUAGUUUGGUGUUGUAUAAUUUCUAUUAUUUUAAUGGUCAUUGCUAUGCAAGGAGAAAUGACUAUUGGUUUCUUAUUUGUUAGUGCUAGAUUUGGUUGGGAUGUAAAUAAAUAUUCCAUUUAUUUGGCUACAAAUAUAAUACUUACAAUUCUUGGAAUAACAUUUGGUGUAAAAAUGUUGGUAACAUAUGGAGGAUUUUCUGAAGAAACUGUAGCUAUAUUUUCGUUAUUGUCUUCUUUGAGUAGUAGUUUAGUACAAAGCUUUACAUUGAAACCUUGGCAUAUGUAUAUAUCUGCAGUAGUAGGAAUGUUUAGUGGUAUUGCUAAUCCUAUGAUUCGUGCUAUAUUAUCCAAAUCAGUACCAUCAGAAGAUACUGGUAAAAUAUUUUCUAUGACAAUAUCUAUUGAAACAUUAACUCCAUUUGUGGCAGCUUCUUUAUAUAAUAUGAUUUAUUUACAUUUUAUGCCACCUAUAUAUCCAUUACCAGUUUGGUUAGUGUCUGGAGGAAUUUAUAUUAUUGUAAUAUUUAUUUUAAUAAAUAUACGAAUUCAAAAUGCAAAAACUAAUUCUGCAAGAUAUACAGCAUUGAUACAAAAUGAUGAAUCAUCAUAAACUUU